AUGUCCACCGUGAUUCUUGGAGGAGGCAUCAUCGGAUCUUCGAUUGCCUACUACCUAUCUGAAAAUGGACCGUCCGACGAGAUCCAUAUUGUUGAGGCAUCGUCUCAGAUGUUCAGUGCUGCAUCAGGAUAUGCUGCAGGUUUCCUAGCCAAGGACUGGUUUACGCCAGCUCUUGCACCCUUGGGAGAACUCUCUUUCAAUCUGCAUCAGUCGCUGGCGGCUAAGCAUGGAGGGACACAGAAAUGGGGAUACAUGAAAGGCACAGCACUGAGCCUGGACUUUUCCAAGAAGAAUAAGAAAGGGGGUGCUACUGGAGACGCAUGGCUGAGUGCAGGAACAAGCCGAGCGGAAACAGCUGCCAGCUCCAGCAGUCCUAUUCAUGCGGAGGUACCCGGCUGGUUGACGAAGCAGAAGAAAGGGGUCCUUGAGAAGAUUAGCGAUGAUAACACUGUUGCUCAAGUAGAUCCAUUGAGAUUGUCAAGAUUUCUUUUGGAGAGCUCUUUGGCCCGCGGUGUCAAGUUGCGCAACCCAGCUAAGGCCACAUCCGUCAUUACGGAUCAAGUCAGUGGAGAUAUCACCGGGGUCAAAAUCAUCAAUCUGGAUACUCAGACCGAGUGCUCACUUCCGUGCACAAAUAUCAUCAUCUGUGCUGGUCCCUGGACGCCGCAAGUCUAUCAUGAACUGUUCCCUUCGUCUCCUCUCGCAAUCCCAAUCACCCCUUUGGCUGGGUAUUCGCUUGUCGUUCGUUCUCCUAGACACACACUCCAAGACGAGAGGGUAAAAUACACCAGCCGCAGUCAUGCCGUGUUUACGUCACACCCUGAUGCAUGCGGCUUCUGUCCCGAGAUUUUCUCUCGUCAAGGUGGAGAGAUCUACAUCGCCGGUCUGAAUGACACGCAUAUCCCUCUUCCAGCUCAGGCGGAGGACUCGUGCAAAUUAAUGGAUCAGAAUGAGAUGGAACGAUUGAAAAAGGCGGCGGUUCAUCUAAUGGGAGCACUAGCCGAAGGCAAUGUGGAAUUAACAGACGGCAUUGCCAACAAAAAUGACUUGGAGAUAUUGCGUGAAAGCCUAUGCUUCCGACCUAUCUCCGCGCAUGGAGUUCCCUUCGUCACUCGAGUUGACGAACAUUUGCUAGGUGGGCUCAAAACUGGCUCUAGAAACAGAUGUAAGGAUGGUACAGCAAGAGGAGUUUUCGUUGCGUCAGGUCAUGGUCCGUGGGGUAUCUCAUUGUCAUUGGGAACUGGGAAAGUGAUUGCGCAAAUGGUGGAGGGAGUCGAGCCUGAUGUAGAUGUGAGUGGGCUUGCAAUAGUCUGA